CAUUUUUCUUUGCUAAAGAACCAUCUUUUUAAGAGUGUAGCAGUCUUUCUGUGUCACCAUUGGUGGGGAUUCACAGUGGUUUGUGUUUCCAUAAUGCAUGCUGGGUAUUGUAGUUUAUUAGUAUUAAUGGCUGGACACUCAGAAUCGUGAACUCCCAUGACAUUUGCUGACACUGUUGGCUGGAUAUUUUGGGUUGGUGGACUAUUCUCAGUCCAGCAGUGACACUGAGGUGUUUAAAAACUCCAGCAGCACUGCUGUGUCUGAUCCACUCAGACCAGCACAACACACACUAACACACCACCACCACGUCAGUGUUACUGCAGUGCUCAGAAAGAUCCAGACGAAAUGUGGUUCUAUAUUAUAUAAAGGGCAUCUUAAAGUUAAAAGAUCUGCCAUCUUGAAGGCCUCUUUUAAGUCUUUGGCUCCUUCCCUCAUCUACACCAGUCAGGCCUCAGUCAGAUUGGUUAGAGAUCCUCCUCCUAGGACUGACUGCAGGGCAGGUAUGCCUGUGAAGGGAGAGACCAGGAGAGCGAGACACACCCAAACGCAAGAGACCAAAAUACGUGCUCACAUAAGAAUAUCACGUGUUCCAUGUAUAACGCUGUUUGCGUGCCAUGUCUCCUCCCUUUCGCUAGAAGGCUCACGCUGAAGUGUGAUCCCUGAAGGAGAUGGUGUGAGAUGUUGCUCACCCACACAGCCGAUGGUGGAGCCUUUGCCGUGCCAGGUUUGAUUAUUUUGGCCUGCGGCUACAACAGCAGAAAAGAGCUGAGCCAGGAGAAUAGUGUGCCAUUCAGAACAGUGCAGUGCAAUAAUCCAAUACAUCUGGGCUCUUCACAUUCGCCAGUGGUCUUGGCAUGAGCUGCCAGGGCGGCGUGAUGUGUGUGUUGUGGCUCAGACUGGGCCAGGGUGGGCACGCGUGUGUGUUUUGGAAAGGGAGGGAGCGAGGAGGGGUGAAUUGGUGACACUGGCAAUGUUACCAUUAUGCUGUAAUCCCACAUCGCUUUUCUGGAAAACCUGAAUAGCACUAGAAUCACUGACUCAAUUUUUGGAUCUCAUUUUCAUGACAAAGCGAUUGUCCGGUGCUCGCCGCCCCACUAAUCCUGAAUCUGGGGGGCUACGUAUUUAAACGGCCCCGCUAGUUGGUCAGCACUCAGUCAGGACUUCAGACACUUUCCCCAGUCAAGCCUAAAUACAAUGUCCAAGAUGGGCAGGAUUAUUUUCUAUGAGGACAAAAACUUCCAAGGCCGCCGCUAUGAGUGCGACAGCGACUGCACCGACUUCCACACCUACUUAAGCCGCUGCAACUCCAUCCGGGUGGAGAGCGGUACCUGGGUUGUCUAUGAGCGGCCCAAUUACAUGGGCUACCAGUACGUGCUAACCAGGGGCGAGUACCCAGAGUACCUGCGCUGGAUGGGCCUCAAUGACCGACUCAGCUCCUGCAAGAUGAUCCACUUUACAAGCGGAACUCAGUACAAGGUGCAGCUGUAUGACAAGGUGGACUUUGCGGGUCAGGCCUUCGAGGCCACCGAGGACUGCCCCUCUGUUCUGGAGCGUUACCGCCUGAGAGAGGUGCACUCCUGCAAGGUCCUGGACGGCUACUGGGUCUUCUAUGAGCACCCCAACUACCGUGGCCGCCAGUACUUCCUGGAGAAGGGCGAGUACCGCAAACCUGUGGACUGGGGUGCUGUGUGUCCCACUGUCCAGUCCUUCCGCCGCCUCACUGAGUGACAUUUCACCUCUCUGGGGCUAGUACCCCAAGACCUCUCACCUCCACUGCCCUUCUCCAAAUGACAAUUAGCUGAUGUCCUGUCCCACAUCAUUUGAGUGGCUCUUUUUGGCUGAUACCUUAAACUGAGGUCCUGGUUGAAAUAAAGUUUGGCUGGCAAGUCA